AUGGACAGACAGAUGGACAUUCUCAAGUGUGGACAGGUGGACACUCUCAGGUGGCACAAAGAGGUGUUUAUGAAUGAGGACAGCAGGUCAAAGUUCAGCAGACUGACCUUGAACAUCCCACAGCCGACGGACAAUCAGUGCAACAAGCCACAGCUGGCAGCUUGCAGGUAUGACCCUUUUUAUUGCAGGCCAGAGACGUCAGAGAGGGAGAGGAGCCAGAGACGAAGGAAGGCCAGAGAGGCCGGAGAAGGAGAAGAUGAGGAACCAGCCGGAGAACCAGCAGGCCACCAAGAACCUACCAUCGCAGAAAGAUCCUCCUACCUGAAGUGCAGCGGCCCGUGUCUGUCGGCGCGGAGUACCGGACUGAGGGAACGAGUAGAUCCGGAGAAGGAAGAAGGUCUCACCCCCCCAUCACCUCCGAGAAUUGAAAUCAGCAUCCAGUCCUGGGAAGGAUUCCUCCAGGACGCUCGGGAGGAUGUGAGGAGGAGUGAUGUGGACUCUGGCCGUGGAACAGUGGACCAGCUCUUCACCCUGCAGGGAUACUGGAGGGAUCAUGGGAGUUCACACAUCCAGUCUACAUGUGCUUUGUGGGGACCUUGUGGACCGUGUACCUCAGGGGACUUUGUGGGAGGUGUUGUGGGAGUUUGGGGGCUGUCCCUGGUCUCUGAUCCCAUUUGUGAUCUUCUGCUGGAAAAAGGUGGACUUCCCUCUCUCGGGUCCCACAUCAAGACAUCACGAAGCCUCCACAUCAUGUGCCACAUCCCAGUCUUCUGCUGGAUCACUGCUACAGUUCUGGAGAAUGUGGUGAAAAGCAGAAAGAGAGGAGAGCUGCCCAAGACACUGACUGAGAUGUACAUCCACUUCCUGGUACUUCAGUCCAAACUGAAGAACGUCAAGUAUGAUGGAGGAACUGAGACAGAUCCACACUGGAGUAAGAAGAGCAGGAAGAUGAAUAAGUCUCUGGGAAAACUGGCUUUUGAGCAGCUGCAGAAAGGCAACCUGAUCUUCUAUGAAUCAGACCUGACAGAGUGUGGCAUCGACAUCAGAGCAGCCUCAGUGUGCUCAGGAGUGUUCACACAGAUCUUUAGAGAGGAGAGAGGGCUGUACCAGGACAAGGUGUUCUGCUUCGUCCACCUGAGCCUUCAGGAGUUUCUGGCUGCUCUUCAUGUCCAUCUGACAUUCAUCAAGUCUGGAGUCAACCUGCUGGAAGAACAAACAACAUCCAGGUGGUCUAAAGUCUUUAAAGACAAAUCAACACGUUUCUACCAGAGUGCUGUGGACGAGGCCUUAAAGAGUCCAAAUGGACACCUGGACUUGUUCCUCCGCUUCCUCCUGGGUCUUUCACUGCAGACCAAUCAGAAUCUCCUACGAGGUCUGCUGACAGUGACAGGAAUUAGCUCACAGACCAAACAGAAAACAGUCAAGUACAUCAAGAAGAAGAUCAGUGAGAAUCUGUCUGCAGAGAGAAGCAUCAAUCUGUUCCACUGUCUGAAUGAACUGAAUGAUUGUUCUCUAGUGGAGGAGAUCCAACAGUACCUGAGAUCAGGAAGUCUCUCCACAGAUAAACUGUCUCCUGCUCAGUGGUCAGCUCUGGUCUUCAUCUUACUGUCAUCAGAAAAAGAUCUGGACGUGUUUGACCUGAAGAAAUACUCUGCUUCAGAGGAGGCUCUUCUGAGGCUGCUGCCAGUGGUCAAAGCCUCCAACAAAGCUCUACUGAUUGACUGUUACCUCUCAGAGAGAAGCUGUGCAGCUCUGUCCUCAGUCCUCAGCUCCCAGUCCUCUAGUCUGAGAGAUCUGGACCUGAGUCACAACAACCUGCAGGAUUCAGGAGUGAAGCAGCUUUCUGCUGGACUGGAGAGUCCACACUGUGGACUGGAAACUCUCAGACUGACUGACUGUAGCCUCUCAGAGAGAAGCUGUGCAGCUCUGUCUUCAGUUCUCAGCUCCCAGUCCUCUAGUCUGAGAGAUCUGGACCUGAGUAACAACAACCUGCAGGAUUCAGGAGUGAAGCAGCUUUCUGCUGGACUGGAGAGUCCACACUGUGGACUGGAAACUCUCAGACUGACUGACUGUAACCUCUCAGAGAGAAGCUGUGUAGCUCUGUCUUCAGUUCUCAGCUCCCAGUCCUCUAGUCUGAGAGAUCUGGACCUGAGUAACAACAACCUGCAGGAUUCAGGAGUGAAGCAGCUUUCUGCUGGACUGGAGAGUCCACACUGUGGACUGGAAACUCUCAGACUGACUGACUGUAACCUCUCAGAGAGAAGCUGUGCAGCUCUGUCCUCAGUUCUCAGCUCCCAGUCCUCUAGUCUGAGAGAUCUGGACCUGAGUAACAACAACCUGCAGGAUUCAGGAGUGAAGCAGCUUUCUGCUGGACUGGAGAGUCCACACUGUGGACUGGAAACUCUCAGUCUGUCAGGAUGUCUGAUCACAGAGGAAGGCUGUGCUUCUUUGGCCUCAGCUCUGAGUGCCAACCCCUCCCAUCUGAGAGAGCUGGACCUGAGCUACAAUCAUCCAGGAGACUCAGGAGAGAAGCUUCUGUCUGCUGGACUGAAGGAUCUACACUGGAGACUGGACACUCUCAGGAUGGACCAUGGUGGACCGCAGAGACUGAAACCUGGUGUGAGGAAGUAUGCCUGUGAACUGGAACUGGAUCCAAACACAAUGAACGGAAACCUCAAACUGUCUGAUAACAACAGGAAGGUGACACGUGUGAUGGAGUAUCAGUCAUAUCCUGAUCAUCCACACAGAUUUGACUUCUGGUCUCAGCUGCUGUGUAGAAAUGAUCUGACUGGUCGCUGUUACUGGGAGGUCGAGUGCAGAGGAGAAGUUUAUAUAGCAGUGAGUUACAGAAGAAUCAGCAGGAGAGGAGACAGUUAUGACUGUAGGUUUGGAUGGAAUGAUCAGUCCUGGAGUCUGAGAUGCUCUUAUGGUGGUUACUCUGUCUGUCACAAUAACAGCAGAACAUCCAUCUCCUCCUCCUCCUCCUCCUCCUCCUCCUCCUCCUCCUCCUCCUCUGUCUCUAACAGAGUAGCAGUGUAUGUGGACUGUCCUGCUGGCACUCUGUCCUUCUACAGAGUCUCCUCUGACACACUGAUCCACCUCCACACCUUCAACACCACAUUCACUGAACCUCUGUAUGCUGGGUUUAGAGUCUGGAGGGAGAGUCUCUCUGUGUCUCUGUAGGAGGGAGAGUCUCUCUGUGUCUCUGUAGGAGGGAGAGUCUCUCUGUGUCUCUGUAGGAGGGAGAGUCUCUCUGGUUCCUCUGUAGGAGGGAGAGUCUCUCUGUGUCCUCUGUAGGAGGGAGAGUCUCUCUGGUUCCUCUGUAGGAGGGAGAGUCUCUCCUGUGGACAGAAACUCUGCUGACUGAAGAUCAGCUGCUGAAAUCAAACAUCACACACACUCUGCACUGUGAAGCAGAUCUGUCUCAGACUCAAACACUCAGUUAUUUUUCCUUCUACAUGAUUCAUUGAUUAGUCUCAGUUGACUCUGCUGUUGUUACUGUCAGGAUCCAAUGAUUAUUUUACUGUAACACAAU